AUGUCGUCUGACGUUACAAAUUCCUCAACCGGUGUCAUGUCUAAUCUUCCAACAGUUGAACAUGUGAAGGCAUGGAAUCGAGAGGACGUUAAAGCGUUUUUACAAAACAACAAAACUGAAUUAGACCUUGAAGACAGAG